AGCUAAAAUCCCAUGCGAGUUUGCGCGCCGUCUGAACAAGACCUUAAGGUACCGUUCGUAUUCAGACUGCACCAGCAUUACUGCAGCAGUAUUGCAGCGCGACAUUACUGCCGACUGCAUUGCUGCCUCAAAAAUGCGGCCAGCAGUAAUGUCGCGUUGCAAUACUGAUUACUGUCAUACCAUACUGCCACAAACGUGAAUUUUUAAAAUAGUUGACAUGUUUGUUAACUAUAUUUUACUUAUGUAUCUUAAAACAUAAAAUUACGGCAUGGCAAGCAGCAUUGUAUAAGAUUAUCCCAUCAUAGGAGAUAUGCAGUUUUACAGCUCCUAUUAUGGGAUUGGGCAAAAUAUCAAUUUUUUUACAUCUCUGGAGUAACAACAUAAUGUUGUGUAUACCUAAUCACAUGGUAAAUGCAAUUAACAAAACACAUUCUAAUUCACACAAACUAAAUAAUUUAUUAUAAUUUAAAAUACGUACUCACCUCUCUUAGCGGAAUUGUUAAGAAUUCUUACUGAUUGUUUUUUCAGUUCCACGACAACUUUUGACUUGGCGCCAAUUUCUUAAGAAAAAAGCAAAUUUAAUGAAAAAUCAAACUUAAGAAACUCUAUGACUCUUGUUUAUGGUAAAAUGUUGCCAGUGUUUAUAAACUAGUUUUAGUUAGGUCAUUUAUUCUCAUAAGAAUUUUAUAAUUCACUUAUCGAGAUAAAUACAAAAACAGUAUAUUAAAUUUUGUUUAGAGCGCACAAAUAACUACUUAAGUACUUAUGUUACAAAAUUUGUGGUUUUAUGUCCCAUUACCAUUAUAGGGGUUCCAUUCGAGUUCCAUUAUAGGGGUAUCUACUAUAUACAUAAAUAAAUAUUUAAGUAAAUUAAGCUAAUAAUAAUAAAAUAUAUUCAUAAUAAAAAAAGUUAAUAAGUAUUUUGUAACCCAUGUUUAUUUUACAAAUACGAUGCACGUUCAUAUUUCUGAAAACUGAUAGUCGCAGGUACUAGUUACUUCUGAUUCUUAUGAAGUAAAUAACUACAUAAUCAUUAUAUAAUAUUAUAUUUAUUUGUCGUUGUUGGAUCAGGACUGUGCUGGAUUAUGACGGGAGUUAUUUCUUUGUGUUCAUUUAAGUAUACAUUUGGCAAUACCGAUGUAUAUACCGAAUACUAAAGUUCUAACUUUUAGCUGCGGCCUUGAGGUUUUCCAUACCUACCUAUGUUUUGACACUUCACCAUUAUCAAUAAAAGGCAUUUCUGAUUCAUAGAUAACAAAGCUUUUAUCGUAAUGGAGCAGCUACCGCUCACGUGAUAAUAUAGUACCACCAUUUAAAUAAAAUUACUUAAUCAAGCAAAAUUAGACUUUAUUUUAAUGAUAUUAGUCUUUAUUUUAAUUAGUGAUGGUUGGGCUGUAUUCAUCUGAAGUGCCUCAAAAUAAUAGCGUGGUUUAUCUAGUCAGUAUCAUGGAAAGCUUGGUUAUAGUGCAUUGGUUUAGUGCUUUAAUUUUUGUUAUUAAUUUAUUUACCAUAAUUGGAUACUUUAUUGUACUAACCGACUUAUCAUUUAUUUUUACAUUUUGACGAGUAGGCAGUUGAUUACAUUUAUUAAUUAUACAUCAUAUUCUUAUUAAAGGUAUUUCUUGUAUCUAUUAAUUCAUGUAGGUAAGUAGUUUUGCUGCCAAUAAAGUUUACUUAAGAUAGAUUACUAGGAGGUUCUGAAGUAUUGUUUUCCGUUUAAGUAUAGGUUUUUUCAGGUUUUUGCAGUUUAUAUUGAAUUCAAAUGUGUUAUUGGGCAAGUCUGGUACGUUUAAAACAACCUAACAGAUCUUAAUGAAGAAUUCAGCUAUAUCAUAUUAUACAGUGAUCUAAAAUAAAACUGAAAUAAGUAUGAAGUUUCAUAAUGUUUUGCGGAAUUAACAACAACAUAAGCUUGUUUGAAAAGAUGCUGGAUUACGAAGAAUUAGCCGCUAAAACUAAUUGGACCUACGAUUAUCUUAUAGACAUAGACACAUCACAAUUCCCGUUUCCAAACUCACUAUGGCACGUAAAAUCCCCAAAAGAAAUAGCACUAAAAACAACACCAAUGCUUAUCAUCGGCAUAUUCGGGAUCUUCCUGAACUCCGUGAUUCUGAUUACUUUAGCAAAGAACAAGUGGCUAUGGACAGCAAGUAAUUAUCUCAUUGGAAAUUUGGCGGUGACUGAUCUGCUGACGUUACUGUUUUGUCCCUGGUUCAUGUUGGUCAGGGACUUUUACCAGAACUAUGUGUUGAAGAAUUUUGGCUGCCGUUUUGAGGGAUUUAUGCAAGCAACAAUGCUGCUGGCAGCAGUAGGUGCAGUGAUGCUAGUCUGCUAUGACAGAAUGGCUGCAGCAGCCUUAACAGCAGACGCGAGGGUCAAAAAGUCAGCAGCGCCGAAACUGAUCGUCAUCAGCUGGGUCGUAGCCAUCUUGUUGUCACUACCUUGGAUCAUUAAGCGCGAAUAUGUGGAACGUCAAUGGCUAGAUCACCUCGAGACGUAUUGCGUGGAAGACGUCAAAUUCCUUGGAAUCUACUGGCACUUCACCCUCAGUAUGCUGGUUUGGAUUCCUUUGGGAGUCAUGGUCUUAACAUACGGUACAAUAAUGUGGAAGUUAGAAUGGAGUGCAAGGAAGCUACGGGGGAACGGACAGACAGCUGCCCGAGCCCGACGUCGAGCUAUGAGGAUCACCGCAUGCGUUCUACUCGCGGCUGUCUUCUGCAGGGUCCCAUAUACACUGCUGAUCUAUUGGAGGAAUAAUAAUAGCAUGACCAUAAAUUCUGUGGACGGUAUUUUCUCUAUUAUCUGGUUUGCGGGCAACUUCCUUAUGUACUUCAACAGCGCUAUCAACCCUCUCAUCUACGGGUUCACUAACCUCAGGUUCCGUAGGGCUAUGGAUAGGACUCCUGGUAUAGCCUGCUGUAGAUUUGGGUCUUGUUGCUGUGUAUGUGCCAUGCUUAAAAGGAAACAACCGCCCCCUUCAGUAGGAGACAAAAACUCAGACAAGAUCUUCGUAAUUGAGAAUUCACCGAAACCAAACCGGAAGUUGACGAAAGCAAUCAAGAAUGUGCUGCGUAUCAAUAAGGAUACAUUAGAGCUUAGUAUACCUAAAGCCGAUGAAAUCACCGGGAAACCUACUAAAGUUACCCCGUUGAGACCUGAUAACUGAACAUACCUAAUGUACAAAAUGUUAAAAUUAGAAAAAAAAACUAGUUUCAAUGUUGUAAUCCAGAAGAUUUGUCCUUUUUCUGAAAAUUAUGUUAAUAUAUUAGAUCACUUAAAUCACAUAGAUAAAUUAUUGAGCUUUUUUACCAAAUGAUUGUGUAUAAAGAGCCUAAAAAACAUUGUAUAUUGUUAUAAAUGUCUUUAAUUCGUGGUAUUAAUAUUAACAUAAGUAAAUACUGUACGAUUUAUAUCUAACGUUUUCUAUGUAAUAAAUUGAGUAAAUAAUUAAAGCUUA